CUCUUCAGACCUCAAAGGAAAAAUAUCAGGCAAAGCAAGGGAGAGAAGGAGAAGUGAGGAGAGGAGAAGGAGAGAGAGAGAGAGAGGAAAGAUGGCUAGUGAAUUUAAAAAGAAAAUGUUCUGGAGGGCAGUGGUGGCUGAGUUUCUUGCCAUGAGCCUUUUUAUUUUUAUCAGCAUUGGCUCGGCUCUGGGUUUUAACUUCCCAGUGGUGGGCAACAAAACAUCUACAAGGUCUCAGGACAACGUGAAGGUUUCGCUGGCUUUUGGGUUAUCCAUCGCUACCAUGGCACAAAGCGUGGGCCACAUCAGCGGUGCACACCUGAACCCAGCUGUGACCCUGGGCCUCCUGCUGAGCUGCCAGAUCAGCAUCUUCAAGGCGCUGAUGUACAUCAUUGCCCAGUGCCUGGGGGCAGUGGUGGCCACAGCUAUUCUGUCUGGAGUCACCUCCUCCCUCCCAAACAACCUCCUGGGGCUCAACUCGCUUUCGGAGGGAAUCAAUGCAGGCCAAGGACUAGGUAUCGAAAUCAUUGCUACCUUCCAGCUGGUGUUGUGUGUCCUCGCCACCACAGACAGGAGACGGAAUGACGUCUCAGGAUCAGCACCUUUGGCCAUCGGUCUCUCAGUUGCCUUGGGACAUCUUCUUGCUAUUGAUUACACUGGUUGCGGAAUUAACCCAGCCAGAUCUUUUGGCUCAGCACUGAUUGCCAACAACUUUGAAAAUCAUUGGAUCUUCUGGGUUGGCCCAAUCAUCGGAGGAGCAAGUGCUGCCCUGAUUUACGACUUCAUCCUGGCUCCCAGAAGCAGCGACCUGACUGAUCGCAUGAAAGUGUGGACCAGUGGCCAAGUAGAAGAGUAUGAUCUGGAAGGAGAUGAUAUGAACUCCCGGGUUGAAAUGAAGCCAAAAUAAAGAAGGACGAGGGAAAAUAAAAAAAAAAGCACAUUGGUUUCUGAAGAUUUUAUCAGUGUUAUAGACUCUUGUAAACCAGCAAGCAGUACUUUGUUUUUUAUUUCAAUAUGGUUUUCCAUUUGUUGUCCGCAAUC